UUGAAUACCAGCGGAGAAAGGAAUCUUAUCUGCCCUCAACUCGCAACACUAUGCGACAGGAAAGUGAGUUUUGUAGAAACUAACACAGAGCAGUGUUGUAAUACGACAGGACGAUUUUAACGAAAUUUGUUGAACACAUUUGGUUAAAAAAACAAAGUGAGCGGUGUUUCGAGUUUUCACCGAAUCGCAGGAUGGAUUCUUUGUCGGUAGCCACGCUUGCGGUGGCAUUCUUCGUGUUGUACCGGAUAAUCGACAUCGCGGUCAAGCUGUUGAAGAUUGUAUUGCUCUCCGAAUUCCCCCCUACUGCUGAGGAACUGCCAAAUCUGCCUUUCAUAGGCCAUGUGUAUCUCUUCGUCGGCAGCAAUGAGUCUAUAUCAAAGAACGUAAUUAAACUGGGGAAAAUGUAUCCUGCAUUAUUCCGACUCUACGUUGGACGUUAUUCAAUGUUCUUCACAACUCAUUCUGAAGAUCUGAAGGAAGUACUCCUCAGUCCGAAGACCAUUGAAAAACAUUACGUCUACAACUUCGCACGACCCUGUGUGGGGGACGGAUUAGUCACUGCUCCUGCGUCAAUAUGGGAAGUGCACCGAAAGCUGCUUCAGCCGUCCUUCAAUUCCGUGGCUCUGAAAUCUUUCGUCAAAACAUUCGCCACACAGUCAGUGAUACUGGCCAAGAAGAUGGAGCAGCACUUGGACGGAUCGGAAUUUGAAAUACACAGAUACGUCUCGCUGUGUACAUUGGACGCAAUCUGUGUGACGGCUAUGGGCGUAAAUUUGAAAGCACAGGAGAGCGAGGAAUGUCGGUACGACGAAGCAUUACGGAACGUGUUUGCUAGUAUCGCUACACGAACCUUUAGUCCUUGGCUGUACCCCGACUUCGUGUUCUACCGUACGCAGCUUGGCAAGGACCAAAGGAAGCACAUAAAGUUUAUACACGAGUUUGCUGAUAACGUGAUACGACAGAAGAAAGCAGAAAUCGUCCGGCCUGGUGAUAAACGACUAUCAACCGACGAAGAACAAGAUGCAGCUGAUGAUUCCACAGCUGGACCUCAGAUACUGAUAGAAAAUCUCUUCAGACUAUCCAACGAAAACCAAACGCUGACGGAUAAAGAGGUCCGGGAUCAUGUCGAUACGAUGAUCGCAGCUGGCAGCGAUACAACGGCCAUCACGAUGAACUACGUGUUGUUGAUGCUGGCAUCCCAUCAAGACAUUCAGGAAAAAGUGUACCAGGAACUGUGCGACAUCUUCGGAGAACAUGUAUUAAACGACGACAGUGAAGAGUUGCACAUCACGAUGGACGUCUUGGCGAGAAUGACGUACAUGGAGAGAGUAAUCAAAGAAACUAUGCGGCUGUUCCCGGUUGCGCCCCUAAUGUCUCGGACGGCAACGGACGAUUUUGAUCUAGGUCAUCGUACAUUUCCAAGAGGGACUUCGAUCGUUCUCAACAUUUUCGGGGUCCAUAGGAGUGAGAAAUACUGGCCCGAUCCUCUGAAGUUUGAUCCAGACAGAUUCCUACCCGAAAGAUUCGCGAGACAACAACCGUACUCAUACUUACCAUUUAGUGGGGGACGAAGAAAUUGUGUCGGUUGGAAGUACGCUAUGAUGUUGAUGAAGACGAUCACCGCAACGGUCCUCCGACGCUACGUUCUGACUAAGGAUAAAGUAAUGCCGGUCGAAGAUUUACGGCUGACGUUCGAUACUUUACUGAAAUCUGUUGAUCCUGUCACAAUUAGGAUUCAGCAACGCGUAAAAUAACAUGCGUUUCAGUGA